AUGUCUCUCGAUCACAUUGGCAUUUAUGUCCCUGCCAGCAUGCACAAGGAAGUCGUCGAAUGGUACCUCGCCGCCCUUGCGCCUAUUGGGCUCAAGAAGUUCGCCGAACCCAACGAGUACGCUUGCGGCCUAGGCAUCCACGCUGGAGACUUCUGGAUCGCCUCUCACAAGGCCGAGAAGGUCGAUGUUCCCACUCACAUUGGAUUCAAGGCGGAAAAUCGCAAGGUUAUCGAUGAAUUUCAUAAGGCUGCUCUCGCCGCCGGCGGAAAGGACAACGGCGCCCCUGGUCCAAGACCUCAGUAUCAUCCCAAUUACUAUGCAGCUUUCGUCUUCGAUCCCGCAGGAAACAAUGUUGAAGUCGUCUGCCACAAGCCCGAGGUUGCUGAGUAA